CAGUCUCACCCAGGCGGGCAGGAGAUCGAAAUGGCGGCUCCAGCAGAGAGGAUGGAGGGGGAGAACUCAGCCAAGCCUGCAGCCGAGGAUAUGACAUCAAAGGACUACUACUUUGACUCGUACGCGCACUUUGGCAUCCACGAGGAGAUGCUGAAGGAUGAGGUUCGCACGCUGACAUAUCGCAAUUCCAUGUUCCACAACAAGCAUCUGUUUAAGGACAAGGUGGUGCUGGAUGUGGGCAGUGGGACGGGCAUCCUGUGCAUGUUUGCUGCCAAAGCCGGAGCCAAAAUGGUUAUAGGGAUCGAGUGCAGCAGCAUCUCAGACUACGCUGUGAAAAUUGUCAAGGCCAACAAGAUGGAUGAUGUUGUGACCAUCAUCAAGGGGAAGGUGGAGGAGGUGGAUCUGCCCGUGGAAUCAGUGGACAUCAUCAUAUCCGAGUGGAUGGGCUACUGCCUCUUCUACGAGUCUAUGCUUAAUACAGUCAUUUAUGCCAGGGACAAAUGGCUGAAGCCAGAUGGACUCAUCUUCCCUGACAGGGCGACUCUUUAUGUCACCGCCAUUGAAGACAGGCAGUACAAAGACUACAAAAUCCACUGGUGGGAGAACGUGUACGGUUUCGAUAUGUCGUGCAUCAAGGAGGUGGCCAUCAAGGAGCCUCUGGUGGACGUGGUGGACCCGAAGCAGCUGGUCAGCAGCGCCUGUCUAAUCAAGGAGGUGGACAUCUACACAGUGAAGGCAGAUGACCUCACCUUCACCUCGCCGUUCUGCCUGCAAGUGAAGAGGAACGACUACGUCCAGGCUUUGGUCACCUACUUCAACAUCGAGUUCACCCGCUGUCACAAGAGGACCGGCUUCUCCACCAGCCCAGAGUCUCCCUACACCCACUGGAAGCAGACCGUCUUCUACCUGGAUGAAUACCUGACAGUGAAGACUGGGGAGGAGAUCUUUGGCACAAUCACCAUGAAGCCGAACCUCAAGAACAAUAGGGACCUGGACUUCAACGUAGACAUCGACUUCAAGGGUCAGCUGUGUGAGGUGUCGAAGACAUCGGAGUACAGGAUGCGCUAGAGGCCUCCGCCCCGUUAGUUUGUCUUUAGUAGAGGACAGAUUAUACUGUUUGACUCUGAGUCUCCACAAUAGUUUGACGCUCCCCAUGCAGCAACAUUUUAUUAUCUGUCUUUUCUUGUCAUUUUCUUGUUCAGACAUGAACGGUAUUUAAAAAGAUCUUCACAGACUUGGGGCGGUGGGGUCAAAGGUCAUUGUUAUGGCGGUUUCGUCACUGACGGUGUUCGUUUCCAACAUCUUGGGUUCUGCUCGGGGUUUUUUGUCCUGUGCAUGCCUGUAUGUAAUGUCAUCCAGACAGACGCCACAGCCCUGCCGACAUGUCUCCUCUCCUCACCAUACUGCUGAGUCACUGUGGCCCUCCAUUUGUCAUGACUCAGCUUUUGACCCCCCCCCCCCCUUGCUUUUCAGACUGGAAGUUAUGUGUUGCUUUUCAGAUUUCUGUAUUUGCAAGAUUUACCUGUGAACCAGUUAAUAACAAACCUCUGUAACUGACGAGCCAACUGUCCACCAAACACCUCAGACCACAUGGAUCUAAAGAGAAUAUGAAUAAAUAGAAGGAUGAGGUUCUGGUGUGAAAGGGAACCUGGUUAGGAGUCACGGCGGCGCCUGUGAAGAGUCAUGCGUAUUCUACACGGUGCAGAUUACAUAUUCAUCAUCCUAGUGUAAUGUUUUAGCAUGUCGAUGCUUUGUCAUUUUAACAGGAAAUGGUUAUGUUGGCUGUAAAUGAAACUGCUUUUUUUUUGGUAAAGCUUCUUCCAAUUAAACGUUAAAAGUGA